AUACGAGUUUACUGUAAUAAUUUAAUAAGAACAUUUGAAAGAAGUGAAAGUGAUGUGUAAGGAAUUACUAUAUUUCACUGAUAAACCAAACGGCACUUAUCAAUACAAACCCGAUAAGCCUUCAUCAGUGAUAACGAUAUGAGAUAUAGAAUUGAUUUCUUUAAAAAGUUGUGAGUGAAAACGUUUAAGAUAUUUUCUGCCAUGUCCGAUAUGGAGGUGAAAGCUUUUGUAAUACUUGGACAACGAGACGUUUCGAAACAAACUGGUUCCAGAAGGAUAUGUUUACUGAGAAGUAUGAAAUACAAUUUCGCUCUGUGUUGGUUGGUUCUGCUGUCAGUGACAAUCAGUGCAGCUGCUGAGGUUGAACAUGGAGGAUCUAACGGAACAACGCCAUUUCCAGAAAAAGAAACAGGUUUACAACCCGGAUCUGCGAAAAAAAUUGCCUACCCAGAUCCUGUAACGAACCUGUCUGUGAAGGCUGACGUGUACAACACAAGCAGAAGACUUUUACAACUUUUAGUGUCCUGGAACCCUCCUGUUGCCGGAACCCGGCCGUUGGGUUACAACUUGCAUGUGAAACCCAACAAUACACUCGAAAGCUGUGAAAUCCUUCAAUACUACAAACAUAUCGAUAAUAAGAAUGCCACGAAUAUUUCUAUCCCGAAAUACGAAUAUGUGGAUGUUCGGGACUUCUUCAAGGUCACCCCUGGAUGCACUUACAAAAUUAUUGUGGAGUCUAACCCUCACGACGGCAAGAGAAACGCAUCAUUGAUGUAUACAGUUCCAGAAUGUGUUGGAGAUGUGUGUAGUUGUCACCAUGAGAUGGGGCUGCCCAAACCAACCGGGGUGAUGGCUCAUACUGUAGGGCCACGAAAUAUAAAUGCCAGCUGGAACCUCUCUCCACCAGGAACAGCCGAAGCUGCGUCCCUUGUUAAUGUAACAAAGUUCAUCAUAUAUUUUGGCCAUCAGGUGCUUAAGGAUUGGAAGAUAUUUAAUAUGACUCCUGUAGGUGAUAUGAAGUACACACAAAAUGGAGACAUCAAGUCCCACCACAGUUUGCUCAUUGAGGCACCAUAUGAGCUCAGACCAAAUGUGACAUACAUGAUCAAUGUAUUUGUCAUAGACAAUCGAGGCUGCAAAGGACCUGGAACAAAUUAUACAUUCACAAUUCCUUAUCAAGCAACAAUAGAAACAAAUCAAACUCCAGGGGUUGUUGGUCAUGGCUCAUUGCAGUGGGUGCUAGUAACAGUGUUCUCGGUCUUAUCAUUUGUGGGGGUAAGCAUCCUUACUAUGGCAAUGGUCAGGAAACGAUGUGGCAGAUGGAUGCGUCGCAAGUUGGGAGAAGGUCGGCUUCAACCAAUUCAUAGCUGGCGUGGCGUAUACAAGGCUGUAAGCAUUGACAGUGGAGGAAGUCGGCUUUCAAGGAACUUCCCAUCACAUCAGGAGAGGAAUAUUAUAUAUGUAGAGAAGGAAAUAGAGGAAGCAAAAGCUCGAGGAGAUGCUGAUACAUUUGAAGUGAGUUAUGAUCGCCUGGAAUUGGGGCGGCAGAUUGGGAAAGGAGCAUUUGGGCGAGUGUUCCUAGCACGUGCUGAAGCUAUCGCCGGUAUCCCAGGGUACAUCACAGUUGCAGUAAAGAAGCUGAAGCACAAAGCCUCGCCUGAUGAAGUGGAGGAGUUCUUGUCAGAGAUAGCAAUGAUGAAGAGGGUAGGACGUCAUCCCAACAUUGUCACCAUGCUGGGAUGCUGCACCCUCAAGCAGCCAUACUGUAUGCUUAUGGAGUAUGUACCAUGUGGUGACCUUCUUCAGUAUCUUCGUCAACUGAGGGUGGAGUACGAACGUCGUACUGGAGGCGAACUUGCUAUUUCCAGUACUAUGAAGCGUCCUGUUCCUCGAUAUGUACCUCUUCAGCCUCCCUCAACAGAUUCAGAGGGCUCAUACGUGCAGCCUGACACCCAGAUGAGUGGUUCAACUGGACGACCAUCUAUCGCAGAGACUGAAUGGAGCUUGUUGACAAGUGAAGGUCCUCUUCUCACGCCAUCGGACAUAGUACCCAUGAAGAAACUAGAAUAUGUCCUGGAUCCUAAGGAGCUGCAAAGUUUUGCAAUCCAAAUAGCCCGUGGAAUGGCCCAUCUAGAGCGGAAACAAAUCACACAUAGGGACCUGGCAGCACGUAAUGUUCUUAUUGAUGAGCACAAGACACUGAAGAUCUCAGAUUUUGGUCUGUCACGGUCUGGGAUCUAUAUUAACACAAAGAGGAAGAAAGUGCCAUUGCGGUGGUUGUCACUGGAGGCUAUGCGUGACAACCUCUACUCCAGUAAAAGUGACGUAUGGGCAUUUGCUAUUGUGCUGUGGGAGAUCGGCACACUUGGUGGGUUCCCAUACCCUACAGUGAGUGAUAUGGAUCUACUGAACUUCCUCCUAGAAGGGAAACGUCUGGAAAAGCCAGAUAAUUGCUCUGAUGAACUGUAUGCAUUGAUGCUCCAUUGCUGGUCACAUUCUGCAGACAUGCGCCCUUCUUUCGCAGAACUGGUCUCACAUCUUGAUUCAGUAAUAUGCAGAAAGCGAGUUUACGUAGAUUUUACUUCACUGAAACCAGACUACAGUUUUCCUCCUACAGAGCAACUGGCCCCUAUACCUUUUACUGUGAAACCAUCUAAGUGAGCUAACACACCAUUUGCUUUGAAAUGCAAAUGGGGAGAGUACAAGACUGCAACUAAUUGUGGGUAGCUCACAGUUGAUGUGUCUACCUCACUGCCAGUAGGUCUACAGAUUGAACUCUGUGACCAGCCAUAAACAAUGUGCAAGUUCAUGAUAUGAUUCAGUUAAAUUAGGAAAAUGGUAUCAUGUACUUAAAAUGGACACCGUUCUGUGCAAGGAGUUCACCUGAGACAAGAAGAAUGAUCUUUCUUGUCCAUUAAGAGAGAUACUUCCAACUGAUUUGACUGAUAGUAGCACUUCAUGUAAUUUUUUACAAUAAAUUUAUUUUAAAAUGGUCCUUAACAUAGCAUGAAGUUCUACCUCUGUCUCCUCUAUGUACUUUCAUGAGGUGGCGCUUUGAAGCAAGGGCUCUAAUGGAUAUAAGUCACGGUAACUCAGUCAGGAAAGUGAGUCGAUAUGGACCUGAUGGCCGGAGUUUUGUUCCAAGCAAAGGUAUGGGUUUCUCUUUUUACCACUAGAUCAAUAGUUCCUCCGGUGUACAUCAAGCCUUCUAUGCAAAGGGUAUUUGUGGUUCUUUCCCAGAAGUUAUGAUUGCUAGAGCAUCAACCUUAACACUUACUUCUCUCUAGUACAAAAUCUAAUAAAUCAUGAAGCUUUACCUCCAUACCCCCAUGUUCUUUCACUAUAAAUCUUUUAGAACCAGUCUUAAAAACAAACAUAUGCAAAUACUAUUAGUGAAUUCUUGAUCUAUUAAAAUUUCAAUUUGUAUUUAAAUUCUUUAGUUAUGAAGAAUCUAUAUUAUGUUAAUGGUAUAGUUUUACCCUCCAGUGCCAAUGACCGGUUAUGUAUACCAAUGCAAAAUAACAGACACGUUGACCAGACAAUGGUAGCACAUUACACAUUUCCUUUAACUGUAAAUUUAAUUGGUUUUCCACUGUGCAAGUUAACCUUUUGACAGUUAUAAUCAUACAAAAGUAUUUGCUUACAUUGUUAAGAUUUUAAAAAAUUUGUUAAAUAAUCCAAGAAUCAUUAAUUCAGAAUUCAUAAGAAUUAACUCUAUAUAUCAUUUAAUUUGCAUAAUGUCCUUCAGUAUGUAACAAGGAUACAUGCAAAGAAAGUUUGUUCCACCUGACUUAACUUUUUGUGUUACUUUUGUAAAUGUCAUAUAGUAUUUUCCAUUAGCUUUACCUUUCAAUUUUGUCUAUGUCAGAAGAACUCAAGAAUGAUCAGACUGAAAAUAAAAAAGCAGCAGCAAAAAAUGAUGCUGAUGAUUUCGUUUUCAGUUCAAUGCAAUGCAAUUACAGAGUCAACAUGAAUACAAACUAACAAUAACAAAAAUACACUUUGUCAAAUACUAAUAAAUAAGAUAAGGAAAAAUAUAAAUUAUUUCAGGU